UGAUUCUCGCGGGGUUUAAUUGCGGAUCUGUAUGUGCCACGUCUGAGUUGCACAGAAUACAGCGGAUUGCAGGUGUGAACGGAAAGGCUGGGCACGAACUGGGUGAUAUGGGGCAUCUGGGAGCAAUGAAAUGGAGACUAGCAUGUGGUAUGUUUCUGGUACUGGUGGUGUCGAGUUGCCUUGUGCAUGUAAUCACUGCCCACUCGCAUGAGGAUUUGCACCACGGGCACAGCCACGCUCACCACGGGCACAGCCAUGAGUGCCACGGGCACAGCCAUGGGGGCCAUGGUCACAGUCAUGAAGACCUCCAUCAUGGACACAGUCAUGCUCACCGUGGUCACAGCCAUGAAGAUGCUCACCAUGGUCACAGCCAUGAAGACCUCCACCAUGGACACAGUCAUGCUCACCAGGAAAAUGCGCACAGCCAUGAGAAAGCUGACCAUGUAGAAGAUCUGGAGCGUAAGAAACGGGAGGCUGAACCUCUACUUAGCCAGGUGUCAAGGGAGAAGAUGGAACCUGUGGAACUUUGGACAUAUGCCAUCGGUGCCACCCUUCUGAUCUCGGCAGCACCUUUUUUUAUCCUCUUCCUGAUCCCAGUUCAGUCCAAAAGUAGCCAGCAUGAGUCCCUGCUCAAACUGCUCCUUAGCUUUGCCUCUGGGGGACUUCUGGGCGAUGCCUUCUUGCACCUCAUCCCUCACGCCUUGGAGCCGCACUCGCAUCACGAGGCAGCUGAAGAGGUUCAGGAUUUGCACGGUCAUGGGCAUUCUCAUGGUCACAAUCACGCUCACAUGAUGUCUGUUGGACUAUGGGUUCUUGCUGGAAUCAUUGCCUUCCUUGUUGUGGAGAAGUUUGUUCGACAUUUUAAAGGAGGACACGGACAUGGACACAGCCAUGCCGUUAAGGACAGCUCCUCAGAUGAAGGAAAAACGGAAGAGAGCGACAAAGAUGGAGGAAAAGAGGGAGUGCGACAAAGGAAGAAAGGAAAUAACGCUGCACAGAAAAACAAAAAGGGCAAAGCAGAAUCCCAGCAAUCAGAGAUGACCGUUUCUGGGUAUCUGAAUCUUGCUGCUGAUUUCACUCACAACUUCACGGACGGUUUAGCCAUCGGAGCCUCAUUUCUGGUCAGCAGCAAUGUUGGAAUUGUUACUACGAUCACCAUCUUACUGCAUGAGGUGCCUCAUGAGAUUGGUGACUUUGCCAUCCUGGUGCAGAGCGGUUGUACCAAGAAGAAGGCAAUGAUGCUCCAGCUUAGCACGGCUUUGGGCGCACUUGCUGGCACCGCCUGUUCACUUCUAGCAGAAGGGAUCGGCGAAGCAGCCACAUUGUGGAUUCUGCCUUUCACAGCUGGUGGAUUUAUCUACAUUGCAACAGUAUCUGUGAUCCCAGAACUGCUUAAGGACUCACGACCAUCUCAGUCCAUCUUUGAGACUUUCGGACUUCUACUGGGAGUUGCCAUGAUGGUCCUUAUUGCCCAAUUUGAGUAAUGUGGCAAAUUAAUACACACCUAUGACAUCACACCACAAGAGGAUGACAUCAGCAGGGACUAUGCUUGUGUCGUCUUCCUUGCACUAGUGUGAUGUCUUUGCUGAGCUUCAUUGACAUCAUCAGAAGUAAUGUCAUUUCUGGUCAAUAGUGGUAUCUUCCUUGCUAGGGCAGUAACCAUCUUUGGACAAUUAACAAUUAUGACAUCGUUCUGGGAUCUCUCAAUGAUAUCACAAUUUUAUUUUCCAGAACAACAUAAUAUCAUUGUUCCAUAUACUAAUGUUUCUUCCUUUUUUUUUUUUUUUUUUUUUUUCUUGGACCAAAUUCUUAUUAUAAUGAGAUCACAAUAUUCUCUUUGUUUAGUGGCUCGUCCCCCUCGUUAAACUAGAGCUGCAGCCAGGUUCGGCUAUGGUCAAGAGGACAAAUUAGUUUAAGGAGCAUUAACAAAAAUAUAAAAAGGUGUUUAUAUAUAUAUAUAUUGGUUAGAUUCAGAUUUUGUGAUUUCUGUUUCUAUGUGGUAUAGGUGUGUUUUUAUAUUUAAUGUUGGUUUCUUUGUUAAUUUUAGAUGAAGCACCUGACAGUAUGUAGAAACCAAUCCUUUAUUGCGCUACAUACAAUUUAGUUUAUUUUAAGUACUAGAAUGUUUUGCUAAAAUGUUGAUCAUUUAUAAGUGACACCGUAGGGCUGGAGUGACAUUUUAUAUUGUCACUACUUUGCGCAUGCAUUUUAGGUGUCUAUAAUAUUUUAAAUGUUUUGCCACAACAGUUUAAACCUUGCAAUAUUUCAGGAGCAAACCUAAGUAAAUUAAGGCUUCUUUUGCUAGUGAACAUCUGUUACUAAAUGUAUGUGAGUUUAAAAACUGUUCUGGUGACGGUCACUGACCAGGAAAACUAUUGCUUUGAAACCAAAGUGUUCUGGGAUUCAGUAUAUCAUCUCUAUCAUUUCUGUAAGGGAAGAGGUAAUGAAACAAGUUUCCUUAAACUGAAGUGUACUAGCAAAGAAAAUGGACCGUGUUGAUGUAUAACUUUAGUCUAACUGGAGAUCAGAAUCAAUUUGAAACCUUAACAUAUUUUUAUGAUUGUUCCCUUUUGUGUACAUCUGUAACAUGGGUCUGUAACAUGGGUAAUGGUGAUGAUACAACUCCUAUAUGUGUGUAUUUAUUCUAUAAAAUGUUCCAUUGUAGCCAGCUCUCUCUAAGGUCUCAGAGGAGAAAAUUUUACAGCUGAGAACAACUCUGGAGAUUCUCGUGCACCUCCCACUCUCUUAAUAGUCACUACUCACAGGAGAUGUUUAUAGCUCUGCACACUUGUGAGAAGGUACUCACUUGAGCAGGUCUUUUGUUGAUUUCAUGAUUUUUUUUUAUUUUUAGAUAAUGGGAAGACAACAGGGAAAUAAAGGUUCAAAAAAUA